AUGUCAGUGCGCCAUGCUGGUCAGUAUGAAAACCAGCUACACCAUGGGAACCGGCUUACACCUUCAGCCAACCACCUCUGGACCCAGAACCAGCUCUGCACAACUUUAAAGAGCUCCGAGAAUGGAGACCUAGUGAAGUGCCUGGCUUCUGCGCCCACUAUCAGCAGCACACCGCUGCUGCUCUACUGCCUGGGGGCGCACAGCGUGAGGGAACAGGGUGAGUCGCUGUCCCUGGCUGUCUACAGUUGUCACUGGACCGACGCCAGCACCACUUUCCGUAGAGCGCUGCUGAUCGUCAUGAGUCGAGCACAGAGACCUUACAGUCUUACUGCGGGAGGCAUCUACCCGACAGAAAGAAGCACCUUCCUAUCGGUGAAGACCAUCCUCUCUUUUGAUCUGCACAGACGGACAUAG